AGGGGGGAAAGGUGAAAGAGCAGGACAAAAUGGCGGCGGCCGGCUGAGGGCGAUGGUGGGAGGAGAGCGGGUCAUGGACUACGCUGUGAAGGUGCGGGUGAAACCAGACAAGACCGGUGUGGUGACAGAUGGGGUAAAACACUCCAUGAACCCCUUCUGUGAGAUUGCUGUGGAGGAGGCUGUGCGACUCAAGGAGAAGAAGCUUGUUUCUGAGGUGGUUGCUGUAUGCUGUGGCCCACAACAAUGCCAGGAGACAAUCCGCACAGCUCUUGCGAUGGGAGCCGACCGAGGGUUGCAUGUGGAGAUUCCUGUGAAAGACUAUGAGACCCUUGGCCCCUUCCAGGUUUCAAAGAUCUUGGCUGCACUGGCCAAGAAGGAAGGUGUUAACCUUCUGCUGCUGGGCAAACAGGCGAUUGAUGAUGACUGUAACCAGACAGGGCAAAUGGCAGCAGCAUUUCUUGACUGGCCUCAGGGGACAUUUGCCUCUGAAGUGUCAGUGGAUGGGGACUGGCUGAAGAUUGAGCGUGAAGUUGACGGGGGUCUGGAAACAGUGCGUCUGAAGCUACCUGCUGUCGUGACUGCUGACCUACGACUAAAUGAGCCACGCUAUGCCACCUUGCCCAACAUCAUGAAAGCUAAAAAGAAGAAGAUAGAAGUGGUGAAGCCCUCAGAUCUUGGUGUGGACCUUACAUCUCGGGUCAAAACUCUAAGUGUGGAGGACCCUCCUCAGCGUAAAGCUGGAGUCAAGGUGGAGACAGUGGAUGAUCUGGUUGUGAAGCUCAAAGAAAGUGGGAGAAUCUGAGCCGCCACACCGUUUUGCCUUUCCUGAAGCUGCUGCUGGUCCGCUGCUGUUGGGGGAGUGCGGGCCCUUCAGGGUCCAUCUUCCUGCCUAUUUGGGACCUGAUAGCCCUCCUGGGAUUAUAACCACGCUGCCUUCCAGCCAGCUGCCUGCCGAAGACAGCUGAAUAAGAAUUUAAUUCUAUUUUCUGUACUAAUGAUGGGUCGGUUUGCAAUAAAUGUCGUGUGAUCUUUGGAGGUGCUCCGA